CGAUGUUGCUGCUGGCUUUCUGCCGCGAGUGUUUCAUUGGAGUCUGCACAAAAGACGUUGCUGGCCUUUGGACCGCCGUGCUGCUGUGCUGCUAAACAAAUCACAUAAAAAUGUUGACCGUGGCCGAGUAACACACAAAGGGGAAAUCGAAAGCUCAAAAUUAACGUUAGAGGAAAAGUGAUGAUAUGCAUCUUGGAUGUCGUAAAAGUAGAUUCAAAAUAAAUCCAAUUUUACCCCCAUGAUAAUAAGAGUAAUCCGGCAGACAGAGCAUGAAAUAAUUAUGCGAGCGAGCAAUACUCGUAUAUCACCUUUGCUAGCCCGGUAGCAGAGCGUCACGUAAGACGAUCAUUCGAAAACCCGCCUAGUCAUUCCGAAACAAGCUUUGCUGACCCUCGAAGAAGGCCGUGAUGAGCUGCACUUAUUACUUGCGAUCCCAACCAGUUCCCAUUAACUAUCAGACGAGACCAAACCAGCAGCAAUGAGCAGCAGCAGUAGCAGUACCAGUGGCAGUGGCGGUGCCGGCGACGUGGUGCUCGUAACUGGCGGCAGCGGAUUUCUGGGUCAGCACCUCAUUAAGCAGCUGCUGGAGCGUCGCAAGGAGCUGGGCAUCAGGGAAGUCCGUUCGCUGGACAUUGUGCCCUACAAGAACAACAUCGGCCAUCCGGAAACGUCCAUACUGCGCACAUUUGUGGGCGACAUUGGCGUCGAUCGCGAAAGCCUCGGCCCUAUCUUCGCCGGAGUGGAUGGGGUCUUCCACUGCGCGGCCUCAGUGAAGAUCGAGUAUCCCCCCAACUACGAGGAGCUGGACCGUGUGAAUGUGAAAGGCACCCUGGCCAUUGUGGACCUGUGCAUCCAGAAUAAUGUGAAGCGGUUGGUCUACACCAGCUGCACGUCCGUGUGCUUUGUGCCCUUCAAGGGUCGCAGCACCUUCUCGGCCGUCAUUAAUUCAACGGAAUCCAAGACGGACACACCCACCUUGGACGGGGCCUCGCUCUGGGAGCAGGACAGCCAGUUCCUGAUUGCAGGAUACGCCUCGAGCAAGCUGCGGGGCGAGAACAUCGUACUCAACUCCAACGGAGCCCCACUCCAGAACCAGCAGGAUUACUUGGCCACCUGUGCCAUCCGUGCCCCGCUGACCUACGGGGAGUGCGACUCCCACUUUGUUACGGAUACCUUCGAGUAUCUGUCGACGCGUGGCUGGGUAUUCCCGCGCAUUGCCGGAGUCGGGGGCAAACAGCAGCUGGUAUACGCCGGCAACGUGGCCUGGGGCCACCUCUGUGCCUACAAGGCCCUGAAGGUGUCCAGCAAGGCGGUCAAUGGCCUGCCAGUGUUCGUCACCGAUGACACGGGCAUCAACGACGUCUCCCGCUUCAUCCAGAAGAUGGCCCUGCUCGGCGAGCGGUUCAAGGUGAAGACCAGCUGGUGGUAUGUGCCCCAUUUCCUGUUCUUCUUCCUGGCCUUCCUGCUGGAGGUUGUGGUGCGCGUCGCCUAUCCCUACACAAAAUACCGCUUGCACUACUCCCCCCGUGCCAUCGCCUCCUACACGUCUUCCAUGCUGAUGUACAACCGAUUGCGCGCCGCGAUACACAUGGACUACAUGCCACUGUUUGAUGCGGACGCCAGCGCCGAGCGUAGUGCCAAGUGGUAUGCCCAAUGGUGGGACCAGAAGCAACAGGCCAGGCAGCAGCAGCUCAAGAAGUCCAGCUGAGAUUUCUAGAUCCCUCGGAUAAUGUUGCUUACUGUGUAGUCGUAUCUUCUUUUUUUUUUUUGCUGUUGUUUAUGAUUAAGUUACUUUCAACGUCUUGCACGGGAUAUUUGAUAUUGAAGGUUGAUUUUUAUGUAAUGUACUGCCCCCCCGCUUGAGGUCAAUAAACUGGUUAUUGUUUUUUAUUUA